UACCAGUGCGGAUCGUGAUUCUGCGGGACGCGCAGCGUCGCGGCGCCCUCCGUGUCUCGUAUUUACCGUUUACCGAUCGCGCGUCCGUCGAGCAGCAGCUGGACCCAACGGCGGAUCCAAUGCGACGAGGAUCGCGAGGAGGGGCUAUCGAGAUAUCACGGGGAAGAGACAGGGAUGGGGAAGAAUAAUUUUUGGAGAAAAAUAUCGGAAAUACAUGACGCCAUGAUAAGACUCUCCUUAUCACCGUGACGAUCGGAACGUCCGAGUGUCGUCUCUUUUUGCGUGAAAAGUUUACGUUGAUUGUUAUUUGGAACAGAAUAACGAUAUAUAUGUAGCUCGUCGCGACGGAUCACGCUUGCAUUUUUCAUUUUCCGAUGCUUUUACCGUUUCUUCUCACACUUUGACAUAUCCCGAUUGUUGGCUGAGAAUAAAGUGCUCGUCGUGAUUUUAUACGUGUGGUUAAAAUGCCGCGAUCGUGAAAUAUCAAGAUUCGGUCGCGAUCGAGUUUAGUUGAAUGUGACACCAUCCGUUUUCGCAAAACGCGAGGAAGGGAACGCGGAGAGGCCGAUCUAUUUGCGCGAUCGGUGGUCAGCGAUCUCUCUUCGCAACGCGAUUACGAUGAUGGACAUACCCAGGUACGCGAACGAUCGAUGCGUGAACGUUUCGCCGGAACUAUAGAUCGACACACAAAGAAGCGAGAAACCUUCGGCUCACACAGAAAGAGAGAGAGAGAGAGAGAGGUUCCGGCGGAGUUUUUAAAAUGGCUAGGCAGUGGACCGCUCUGAGGCGAUGGAAUAUCGAGAUUCGGCAGUCAUGUAGAAGAAAGUCGAUGUCGGAUCAAAAGCCUUCGCGUUGAUCCUGCAGCAGAUUUCCUCGAGAGAUCCGUCACACAACGGCGAAUUCGGAUCGCCGACUUCUUAGUCUCGAACAAAGCGAAGGAAUGAGACUCUAAGACGGAAAGAUAUUAUUCGCGAGAUUCGGUGGAUUCUGCGAAUUGUGCGGGGACCGAAAAGAACGGGACGUCAUCUUGAAGAGAAUGUCGCGAAUCUCGCGAAGGGACCAUCACCGGCUCGCAAAUUUGGAGAAUUUUUGCGAACGGUGAGAGAGAAGAAGUUUCGUGUGUUUGGUUUUCAAGUUGGAUUGAACUCGGGGGAUUUUAGGGCAGCUUGUCCGGAAAAUUGGCAGUGUGUUGGUUCGUGAAGAUUUUCGCAAUGUAUUGCAAUGGACCGCGCAAGAUUCUAGCUAUGAGCGAUGCUUUUGAACGUAACGUUCAUCGAAAGUUCGGCCGUUAGUUCCGCUCCGUUGGAAUUCGCCUCGCCGAGGGCUGAUUCUUUCGCGCGAUUACGCGAGGCGGAACGACGUGCUUGAGGAUUCCGAAAGAGCACGAAACGGCUCGCUCGCGCAUCUCGCUCUCUUGCAAUUCAUUUAUAAUAAUUGAAGCGAUCAUGCGUCGCACGAAUGGUCGCGGCGACGACGUCAAUGGCGCACGUCCAAUCGCCAAUCGUUACAUUAGAUUACGGAUUCCGCGCAAUAUCGCGGCUAUCGUCCCUACAUGUACCAGUGUAUAGUAACCCGACAAUCAGGGAUUCAGCUUGCUCGUGAAUCGAUCAAAAGAUCGCACUAUCGUGGCACCGAGUCGUCUCGGAGAAACGAAAAAAAAAAAGAAAUAUCCGAAAGAUAUCGAGAAGAGAACGAUCUAUAUAAAAAUCCAAAAAUUCGCUUUUACGGACAAUCGAAACUAAUUUGAUCACCGCAUGCGCAUAUUUCUGCGCAUAUAAUAAACGCGCAACGUAUACAAAUCCAGUGAAUGUGAAAAGUGUCGGUUUUGUCGUAUCGCGCUUGUUCGUAACUCCUCCCUCGUCGGGUUUUGUUAUAACGCAAGCCUGCUCAUUCUCAUUCCUCUCUUUCAAGCAGUGUGCAAAUAUACAUAUAUAUAUAUAUACAUAUACACGCGCUCGUAUACGAGUAGCGGAGAUCGCGUGCCCGCGUGGUCUCGUGCCUCGACGCUUGUCGUUACACGUCUGAUCGCAAGUGUAACGAAACUUCCUGUAUACACGCGGUAUCGCGCCCUGUCACGGUACAGUAAAGUUCGCGUCGUACUGUGUAUGGACCGGCCUGCCGUUUAAACGUACUGGAUUCCAUCCUCGAGUAGCGGAAAGAGAAAGAGAGAUUGAGAGAGAAGGGAAGAGAGAGGAAGAUCUCUCGACGGAGGAAGAUAUGUGCGGCGUGGGAUAUCCGUUUCGGAUCGGUCUCGACUAUCGGAAGUCGGUACGGAUUCGUCGGUACGGUGGCACUCGCAUUUAGGCAACCUGAAACGAUACGAGGGCUGGAAGGGUGGGAGGGAGAGGUAGAGAGUGCGGAUCGAGGGUGCGUGAGCGGUUCUAAUCAACGUCGAUCGAGUUAGAUUAGGGUCGGAGUGGUUCCAAAAGGGGCACCGAUAAAAGCUAUGGGCAUCAUGGAUGCGUGGAAGCGAGGUCGGAUAAUCUAUGCUUAUCUCAUAUGGGUCGUCUUCAAGGCUACCACGGCGGGGGGACUUUAUGAUGCCAUGAAUUCGCUGGUGGAGGAGGUGGUCGUGGAAGCGGGGAAGAACGUCACGCUGGGCUGUCCGGGCGUGACGGAGGAUUCGCUGGUGUUGAUGCUCGAGUGGCGGGCAAACGGGAUGCGGUUGCUCGAGUAUAAGAGCAGAAGUACAACCGUCGUACGGCGAACAGAACAGAACAGAAUGUCUCUGUCGUUGAAAAAUUAUUCGUUGCAGCUGCAUCCCGUCACCGCCGCCGACAGCGGUAUGUACGAGUGUCUCGUGAACAACCGGAAUGCGCCGGAAGCUGUGAUCAAGCUCAUCGUGCGAGAUGUGCCUGAUCCGCCGGAACGACCGCUUGUCAUAAGUUACACGUCGAAAGCUGUGAAUAUAUCGUGGGCACCUGGUGUUAAUUCCCACAACACUCCAAUUUCGCAGUAUGUCAUCUACACCCGGAUCGACGAAAACGGUCCGUGGAACGCGACGAAGGAGAUCAUAACGUCGCACAACGAUACGUUCUACACCGUCGAGAACUUGAGGCCAUUUACGGUAUAUAGCUUCCGAGUGGCGGCGAUAAAUGCUCUAGGACGCAGCAAGCCCAGUCAAGCGUCCUACUAUAUGGUGACCCUUCGUGAAAUACCGGAAGGAAAACCGACCAUCACGGCGGCCCAUAAUACCUCAGCGACGUCUAUUUAUCUGGCAUGGAAACCGCCGAGUCGUGAUACCAUACACGGCGAGUUCCUUGGAUAUCGCAUCGGAUACCGACGACGCGAGAAAGCGGAUGAAGAAAUGAAAAACAUUUACAUUCGCGAUCCUGCCGUCGAUAAUCACAGUAUUCACAACCUGGAUACCUUCACACAGUAUCUAGUUUCGCUGCAAGUUUUCAAUCCUGAGGGUCAUGGACCGGCUUCGACCGUAACGGUGAUGACCGACGAAGGCGCUCCAACAAAGCCGGAAAAUCUCACCUCCCGGGAAAUCACGGGCAGCACCAUUGAACUCUCGUGGUCGGAGCCCGAGAAUGCCAACGGUAUCAUCGUCGGUUAUCGCGUUUACUAUAUGCAUUCCAACUAUACGGACGUUAAAAUGCACAUACCCGAUAAAUCUGCGGACUCGGACGACCCGAAUACCAAAUUUAUUCUGAAAGAUCUAAAUCCGAACACCGACUAUAAGAUUUGGGUGAAGGCUUACACGCGAAAGAAUGAAGGCGAGCCUUCCGAUCAGAUUAUUCGCAGAACCGAUAUAACAGGACCAAGUGCACCUUUGAUCUUGAAUUUGACUUGCCAGUCUCACCAGUCCCUCUAUAUUCAGUGGGCCAGGCCGGUCACUUUUUCGGGCUCGAUCGACUAUUACUACAUCAAUUACCGGCCGGAAAAUGGAAGAUAUUACGAGGAAAUUGAACUAUCCACCGAGAAGAAUCAUCUCGAAAGCGGGGCGAUCAUACCUAAUCUGACGGUAAACACCGUUUACGAGAUCGUAGUACGGGGAGCCACCAGGAGUACAAUAAACAGCCACCUCAUUCAAGGCGAGAGCUCUACACCGACGAAGGUAUUGGUCACUCGCGAUUGCGACAAGAUACCGCCCUUGAUGCAUCGCAGCAAUAUUAAAGAUCUCACCCCCGGAGUGAUCGCCGGAAUGGUGUGCGCCUGUUUCAUCGUGAUGCUGGCAAUUACAGCCUUCGUAUUGUGGAAACCGAUUUUUAGGAAAUGCUUCCACACUGCCUACUAUUUUCUGGAUUAUCCGCCGCGGAAUGUUCCCACUCUUCAAGAAUGGGAAAACAGCGAGCAAGACGGCGAGAGGACCGCCGUGGCCGUCCAGCAAUUCGUUCAGCAUGUCGCGAGUCUUCACGCCGACGGGGACAUCGGUUUCAGUAAAGAAUACGAGCUCAUACAAUCCGAAACCGGGGACUACACCGUGGAGAAUUCUCAAUUCGCCGAGAAUAAGGCCAAGAACAGAUACUUGAAUAUACUCGCAUACGACCAUACUCGUGUGCAAUUACUCUCCUGCGGCGGUGGGCCUCCUAAAAAGGGUCAAGAUUAUGUUAACGCGAAUUACAUCGACGGGUGGCAAAAAGCGCGAGCAUACAUCGGUACCCAAGGUCCACUUCCGCCUACGUUCGAUGGCUUUUGGCGGAUGGUUUGGGAGCAACGCGUAUCAAUAGUCGUAAUGAUUACCAAUCUGGUCGAACGCGGACGAAGGAAAUGUGAUAUGUAUUGGCCCAAAGAAGGGACCGAAACAUACGGUUACAUUCAAGUGACUUUAAUGAAGGAGGACAUUAUGGCGACAUAUACCAUCCGUACUCUUCAAAUCCGACAUUUAAAGAUUAAAAAGAAGAAAAAUGGGACCAAUAUGGGUGAACGUACUAUAUGGCAGUAUCAUUAUACCAGCUGGCCUGAUCACGGCGUACCCGAUCAUCCAUUACCGGUUUUGAGUUUUAUCCGUAAAUCGUCCAACGCUAAUCCGCCCGAAGCUGGACCUAUCGUAGUGCAUUGCAGUGCCGGCGUUGGACGUACCGGAACGUACAUUGUGAUCGACGCCAUGCUGAAGCAAGCCAAGGCCAAGGACGAAAUCAACGUAUUCGGUUUUCUCAAGCAUAUCCGUACCCAGAGAAACUUCCUGGUCCAGACGGAAGAGCAGUACAUUUUUAUUCACGAUGCCCUGCAGGAGGCAAUAGAGAGCGGCGAGACCAAUAUCAACUCCAACAAUUUAAUGAAGCACAUUCAAGACAUGCUGUGCCCAUCGAAUAAUAAGACUGACGCGUGGAACAACAUAGAAGCUCAAUAUAAGCUGGUAACGUCGUGGAAACCUAAGGAUUUCAAUCUCGUGUCCGCUACCAAAGCCUGCAAUAUUCACAAGAAUCGUAAUAUGGACAUAAUUCCCAUCGAAAACGCGCGCGUCCAUUUAACGCCGAAACCUGGUGUCGAUGGAAGCGACUACAUAAACGCGACAUGGGUUUCAGGUUUUCAACGCAAUCGCGAGUUUAUUAUAACGCAGCAUCCGAUGGAGAACACUAUAAUGGAAUUCUGGCAAAUGAUGUGGGACCACAAUGCACAGACCAUUGUCAUGUUGACUCAAUGCAACGAGGAAUAUCCAGAGUUUUGGCCUAUCGAAGGAAAGGAUCUCGAAUCCGAAACGUUCCGAGUACGACUCUGCGGAACAAAGGAGACCGUGAACGGGACUAUCCUACUCGAAGUCGCGGUUCGAUCGUUGCAAGAUGAUUACGAACUCAGCGCUAGGAUUGUUCAAGCGCCGUCGAAUCAGAGCGGUCUGUGGCCGCAUAAUAACAAUCCAAAGACUUUUGUCAGUAUCAUCCAGGACUUUCAUCGAGAUUAUCAGAACGGUCCUAUCGUCGUAAUGGACAGGUAUGGCGGAGUCGAGGCUGCACUUUUUGUUCUAUUGACUACCUUAAAUAAACAAUUGGAAUUCGAGCAAAGUGCCGAUGUUUACAUGUUUGCGAAGCUGCUAUAUAUGAAGCGACCCGGCGUUUUCCGUACAAAGGAGGAUUAUGUAUUGCUGUACCAGUGCUUGGAAUCCAUGUUGUCGACGAAAGGACGCGCGGAGCCUGAUUUGUACGCCAUGGCAAACGGACACGUUGCCUCACUGAACGACCCGAAUGAGAUCAGGUCGGCUUCAUCGAUCCAACAUAUGCCACUAGAUUAUCCAUCUAAGUCAUCUGUCAUUCGCGAAUACGCCACCGUAGAAGUCAGUUCCGAAUACCUAUCCGAUUACACUAUUCCCAUACGCGUGGAUCAUCCGAUUGAAUCGUCCAGCAGCCGUGGGAGCGAACCCUGCCUCUCCUCCCACGGCGGCAGCAAUGAUCAUGUAGUAUCACCAUCGGAGAAAAGCAUUGUGGUGUCACAGAGAAACAUUAGCUAUCAUAAUCAUCCACAAUCUGGCGUAUCCGUAAUGGUUGAUGCUAACGGUUAUAUCACAAAUGGCAGCAUGCGUGUACCCUCCGACAAUAUGGAGCCUAACUGCAAGAUGAUGCCACAAUGAUGCCGGCCUAUCUUCGGUUGCAGCGCACCCUCGCGAAGGUCGGCCCCGCUGUAAUCGAAACUUCCUGAAUCGUUGGAAGUUUAAUCUUGACCUGACUAAUCUUUGCAUCGCGAAGGAGAUGAUAGUUCUUAUCCAAGGGAUAGCUGAAGGAUCUUCGAACGGAUUUCUUAGUGUACAUAGGGCUAAACGUGAAUGUUAAACGUGAAGGAUUAUUGAAUUUUGAUAAGAAAAAUCCGUUACCGGCGUCGUAAGAGCGGACAGUGCCAAACAAAGAGACAAAAUGCCGCCGAUAUAUGCCGAAUGGGUGACAUUUAUCUUAUCCGUCGCGUAAGUUUAUGCUGUUCAAUCGAUAUGUAUAUAUUAUAUAUAAUUAUAUAUAAUUAUUGACACACAACACACAUACACGCGCGCAUCUGCAUAGACACAUACAUAAGUAAAUAUACGUAUAUAUAAGUGCACGCGUACAUGUUGUAUAAUAAUAUAUAUAUGUAUAUGUACGGGAUGUGUGUGUAUAUGUGUGUGUAUGUGUAUAUGUCGAAUAUCCGACAGCUUCGAGUUGCCAAAGAAUCAUUACGAUAGCUUAAUUGUUAGAAUGAUACUACCGUGAAUGAGUGUGUACAUGUACAUAUAUAUAUA